AGGACGAAUGGCUUGAGGCUUCACGGAAGCAGAUGGAGCAGACCGACACGGCCAACUUGCACAGCAAAACAUGCGACACGUGCGGAAGACCUCAUGUCCGCCUAGAUGAUACGUGCGAGUUGAAACCCUCUGCUCUAGCUGAACGGAUAGGAAACAUACCGGAGAUCUGGAUGAAUAUCUUGGCUCUGGCUGACAGACCUACACUUCGCUCUACUAUCCGAGUCAACAAAGCCUGUUACAGCGAGGGCUUGCCGUAUCUCUGGUAUUGUCCUGACGACAACGACUUCCGAUUUUAUUACGUAGCAAAGAAAAAGCGACCAGACAAGGUGGACUUCUAUGCCAGAUUUGUACGCCAUGUCAUAUAUACCGCCCAAACCGACAGAGGCAACACUCGCGGUCGACUCGACAAAAACCUACACAAAGUUGUCGCGCCUCAAUUUCCAAACCUCGCCACCCUUGAAUGCACGACCUUUUCACUUGGUGGCAGAACCAAAAGACAAAUGACUGGUAUCUUCGCGCCCACUCUCAAGCAUCUCAGUCUUGCAGAUAAUGUGGAUGACGGGACUCAGUACUACUCGGAGCGCGUUAGCAGGGAUGCUCACGUCUCAUGGUUCAAAACAAUGCUGGAAAGAUGCCCUUUGCUAGAGAGCUUUGACCUUGGAGAAGACAAUGGUGUGGGUCGUCGCGACUUCCAUCACUUCUUGUGUUGCAUGGUACAUCUCAAAUCGGUUAGGCUUGGCCGCGGCAAUGAACAUCUUCUGAUCGACCAUGUACGUCCUCUUCUCAAGAGUUUGAGAGUCGGUCCAGAGUGGAUGAUGGAACCAAACUCGUAUGAGAUCUUGUCUAAGAUGCAUGCACUCGAGUCGCUGGAAAUCACAGUCGGACCUGCACCAGUCACCAGCGAUAAAUUGCUCAGCCUGCAGAGCUUGACAAACCUCAAGCAUUUGUACAUCUGGUCCAAUGAGAUCGGCGCUACGAGAUGUGCUGUUACCGCACAGGAACUGGCCUUCUUCCUGGAGACUCUACUGCGACUUACAGACUUUCGACUCUAUCUUGAGUUUGACUUCUUCGACCUUGAAUCUGCUGUCAAAGUGGGCCACGAUCUACCGGAAGGAUACCCGCGCUUUGAUGACUCGAAAAGUCGUCAGAAGUACCUGAGCUACCUCGAAAACAUUGCUGAGGUUGAGUUGGAGGCAGCCAAAGCUGUACAAUGGAAUUUGGCGCUGGAUAACGAGCCACCGGCCAUGGGCGGAUGAUCAGAGCUUCGCAACGGCUCUGCAAGACAUAGCUUCGCAAUGACUCUGCGAACUCUGAG